GGAGGGGGCACAACAUCUCAGACCUCCAGUCUUCGAGUCCUCGUUGUGCCUCUCUUGAUCUCCUCGCGUCCAUGGCUCCUGUGCGAGGUGCCAAGAAGAGGAAGCGGCCGGAGAAGCCCGCCCCGGCGCCUACUCCAGGGUUGCCGCUGCCGCCGCUGCCGGACGGUAGCGAUUGGUGGGGCGUCUUCUACCGAAGGGUUGCAGGACAUUCCCCUUUUCCAAGAGAACACCAGAACAUGGAGUCUGUCCUGAAGAUGUCAAGAAGAACCUUCGACUACAUCUGCUCACUUGUUAAGAAGGACCUGACAACAAAGACAUACGGUUUCAGAAACUUCAGGUUUGGUGACAAGAAAGUCCUUGGGGUGGAGGAUCAGGUGGCGGUGGCUCUGAUGAGGCUGACUACUGGUGAGUCGCUGCAGAACAUAGGAAUGUGGUUUGGCAUGAACCACUCUGCCAUCUCGAACAUCACAUGGCGGUUCAUCGAGUCCGUGGAGGAGCGUGCCAUCUGCCACCUGAAAUGGCCGAGCCCUGAGGAGAUGGCGACCAUCAAGACAAGGUUUGACAAGGUUUACGGGCUCCCUAACUGCUGCGGCGCCAUUGACACCACACACAUCCUCAUGUGUUCCUCGGCUCAGCCCAACAGCAAGGUCUGGCUGGACAAUGAGAACAAAAACAGCAUGGUGCUGCAGGCCGUUGUGGAUGCAGACUUGCGGUUCAGAGACGUCGUCAGUGGCUGGCCUGGGAGCAUGGACGACACGUGCAUCCUUCGCACUUCAGGCCUGUACAGGUUGUGUGAGAAGGGCCUCAGGCUUGGGGGGCAGAUGGAGCUUCCCGGAGGUUCCGCGGUUAGGGAGUACCUAGUCGGAGAUGCAAGCUACCCGCUACUUCCCUGGCUCAUGACCCCGUACCGGGAACAUGGCCUCCAGGCGGCCAAGGUGGAAUUCAACAAGCGGCACACGGCCGCGGCGGCGGUGGUGCAGACCGCAUUGGCGACGCUCAAAGGGAGGUGGCGUGUCAUUCAGGGAGAGCUGUGGAGGCCUGACAAACACCGGCUGCCACGGAUCAUCUUUGUCUGCUGCUUGAUAACCAACAUCAUCAUCGACAUGGAAGGGACUCCAAGCAGAGACGAACUGGUUUCAGGCAACCAUGACCUUGGCUACAAGCAGCAGUUCAGUGACGCCGCAGAUGACAAUGCAAUCAAGCAGAGAGACGACCUGUCUCGACAUGUCGACAAUGCAAUCAAGCGGAGAGACGAUCUGUCUCACCAUGUCACCGCCGGCGAGUAAACACUCACCGUCACCCUUUGCUUUUUGCACCCAUUAAUAUAAAAAACAUGGAUACAAAAUUGUAAGGUGAAUUUUUGGCAGAUUCCAAUAAUGUUUUGGUUUCAGGGAGACAUUACCAUCUUAAACAAAGUGUAGCCCUAAUUUGUUAAGUUACAACAUGCCAUCAAGCAUGCUAUUUUACCGUUU